GCUUUCCUAACCCCCCACCCUUCUUCCCACCCCCAGCCCCCACCUUCCUUUGCUUCCCACCAGCUGCAGUCUCUUGGCCGGGAAGCAACUGCUUCAGCCUUGGCCCGCUUGGAUUCACCCAGCCCACACUGGCUGGCUCCCUGAGCUGGUAUUUCUUCUUUCUGUUUCUUUUGGUUUCUGCUGUGCCUCCCACCACCUCCCCCUCCUUUCUCUCGAACACCUGGCUCCAUGUGCUGUCUUUGCUUCUUCUUAAAGGCUGUGAAGCCCCACUCAACUGGGGAACUACUACCCCAGUCCUCAACACCACGCUGGUGGGACACCUGGGACUUUUUUUUUUUUUGCUUGUUUCAUUUUGCUUUGCUUUAUUGUUUUCUUUUUCUUUUCAUGGCUCAGGAGCCCCUUCUAGCCGGGCUGCUCUGCAAGGCUUAGGAGCCACUCCCCCAGUCUGCACAGCCAUGUAAAACCCCCAUCUGCACAGCCACAUAGGUGGGAUCUUUGGGGGCAUUUCUUUCUUUUUUUUUUUUCCUCUCUCUUGCCCUUUCUGUCUUUCUUCAUUUCUCAGUUCUUGUCUCUCUAGACUUACUUUCUUUUCCUGUCCCCUGAAUACCUGAUGCUGUGUGCUCUAGCCAGGCUAUAUUACACAGCCUGGGAGCCACUUUCCUGGUCUUCGCAGCCACACCAGUAAGAACCCCGGGGGGGUUUUCUUUUCCAAAUUUUUAUCUAGUUGCUUUUUUUUUCCUUUUUGAUUUUCCCCAUUUCUCAGUUUCUCAUCUCUCCAGUCCAACGGCAAGCUCCCUUAGCACUUUUUUUUUUCCUUUUUUGUUUGUUUUUGGCUCCUAUUUCUCUCUCCUCUCUCUCCUCUUUUCCAUACUCACAUUAGUUUCACACACCACAACCUCCACCAUCUUUCCUGCCUACCUGUGCUGUGUGCUGAGUAUUACACCUCUGAGCAGCACAGGCACAGCCUACUGGAACCUGCCCAGCACUGAUUCCUGGCCUGCCCUGUCAGUUCUAGUAUGUGCCACAAACAGCCCAUCCCAACCCCUCCCCUUCAGCUGGACCUGCCCUGCUGCACCAUAGCUGAGUGACUGGCCCUGCCCAGUAGACAAGGAGGCGAAAAGUAUUGUGACUACAGACAAGCAAACAACAAAGAAUGCACCACCCACCUGCUCAGACAUAACCAAAUAAAACAAAAAAGCAGGACAAAUCAAGAAAUGAAGAAAAUAACUACCCAAUGCCCUGAAGACAGCAGACUAUAUCAAAACAUAUUGAAAAACAGGAGAGGAUGGUUCCAGUAGGCAUCCAAAAUAAAACACCAGAUGACUUUCCAGUAGAAGAAAAGACACUAGAACUACCUGACAGGGAAUUCAAAUCUCUGAUCUUCAGAGCUAUCCAAGAGUCGAAGCAAAAAGCAGACAAAAGUGAGGAAAAAAUAGACAAAUUUGUGGAAAAGCCAGACAAAUUCAUGGAAAAUACAAAAAAAGGGAAGAAUUCAGGAAAAUAAUACAGAAACAAAAUGCCAAAAUAAAUUCACAACUAGAAAUCAUACAGAAACAACAAUUAGAAAUCCAAAAGAUAAACAAUAAGAUUUCAGAAAUGGACAGUGUCAUAGAGGGGCUGAGGAGCAGGUUUGAAAUGAUGGAAGAGAGGAUCAGCAAAAUUGAAGACAAACACUUGGGUACAACCCUGUUUCAGGAAAAAUCAGAAAAAAGAAUGAAGAAAAAUGAAGAAACCCUGAGAAUUAUGUGGGAUACAAUCAAAAGCAAAAAUGUGCGAGUGAUUGGACUUCCAGAACAGGGAAAUAGAAAACACAGAGGGGAUCACUAAAGAAUUGCUGACAGGAAACUUGCCUGAUAUCUUAAAUGAUGGAAAGCUGACCAUCCAGGAAGCUCAACAAACCCCAUAUAAGAUAGACCCCAAAAGAAAAACACCAAGAUAUAUCAUAAUCACACUCACUAAAGCCAAAGACAAAGAAAAAAUCCUGACAGCAGCUCGAGAAAAACAAAAAGUCAUGUCCAGAGGAGAAACAAUAAGACAAGGCUCUGAUUAUUUGGCAGAAACCAUGCAGGCAAGAAGGCAAUGAGAUGACAUAUAUAAAACCUUGAAAGAAAAAAAUUGCCAACCAAGAAUAAUAUAUCCUGCAAAACUUUCAUUUAAAUAUGAUGGAGAAAUGAGGACAUUUCUAGAUAAACAGAAAUUAAGGGAAUAUGUAAAAACUAAACCAAACUUAAAGGAGUUAUUAAAGGGAGUCCUUCGGUCUGAGAACAAACAACAUCAGACCACAUCUUGAAUCUAGAACAUAAGAUUGUACCAGCCAGAUACCAAUGUAGGAAAUGAACUCUCAAUGACUAUCUAAAACCAAACUAUGGAAAUACAGGAGCUGUAUUUGAUGAAAAUACUAGGAAAAUAUUGGUUGUGCAAGACCGAAAUAAAAAUAACAACCUAAGAUUAGAGAGGUUACAGUAACUUAUUCAACGUUACACAGCUAGUAGGUGGCAGAAUCAUAAUUCAAGUCUGGAGAGAAUCUUCUCACUAAAUCAGAGUAAAUGAAAACAGACAGUGAAUUAAAACUUGGAUCCGAAAGAUUAAAAAACAUGUGGAAGUUUCCAGGAGGCCUGUCAGAGCCUGGAGAAGAUAUCGGAGACACAGCAGUUCGAGAAGUUUUUGAAGAGACUGGUAUAAAAUCAGAAUUCAGAUCCCUCCUGAGUAUUCGGCAACAGCACACCAAUCCAGGAGCUUUUGGGAAGUCGGAUAUGUAUAUAAUCUGCCGCCUAAAGCCAUAUUCAUUCACCAUAAAUUUUUGCCAGCAUGAAUGCUUAAGGUGUGAGUGGAUGGAUCUCAAUGACCUGGUCAAGACUGAAAAUACGACUCCCAUCACCAGCAGAGUAGCUAGGCUGAUGCUCUAUGGGUACAGAGAAGGAUUUGACAAGAUUGACCUGACCAUGGAAGAACUUCCAGCAGUUUACACAGGCUUGUUCUAUAAACUCUAUCACAAGGAACUGCCAGAGAAUUACAAAACUAUGACAGGAAUGUACUAA